CCGAAUGCAAUCACACUCAGCAUCUUAAAAAAAUAAAAUUUUAAAAAGAGUUUUAAAUUGCCGUCGGACCCUCGCCGGAGUAUUUCCCGCCGGUCACGGAUAAGCAGCCACAUCUCCUAGUUAUCUGCUGAUUUUUCCCCGGAAAAAUCAGUGAUCGCCGUCGCCAUCGGAGAAACACGCCGGAGCUGGGAAAGGUGGUUGGCAUGAUGGGGUUCUGCAUCUGCCCGUUGGACUCUCCGGCGAGGUUGCUGUGGAGUACCAGUUUCUUCCGCCACAAGCUGAUGCUCUUCUAAAACGCCGUCAACUACUCUCUUGAGCUUUUCUUUCACCGCUGUUUUUGUUGGAAGUCGUAUAUACAGUACUUAAUACACUCUAAUUGAUCGCCGGGUUUUCAAGAAAAUCUUCGACGAAAAAUAUGGAAUCCGGGCGUAUUUUCUUCGACCCUGCAUGCCAUGGCAACAUGUUGUUCCUCGGGAAUGCCGAUCCUAUUUUCCGAGGAGGAAGGUCGGUGGUGAAGCUUGAGGAAACCUCAAAGAGGCGACCGUUCUUCACCUCUCCAGAGGAACUCUUUGACGAGGAAUAUUACGACGAGCAGUCGCCGGAGAAGAAGCGCCGCCUCACUCCGGAGCAGGUGCACUUGCUUGAGAAGAGCUUUGAGGAAGAGAACAAGCUGGAGCCAGAACGCAAGUCCCAGCUUGCCCACAAGCUUGGGCUGCAACCUAGGCAGGUGGCUGUUUGGUUCCAGAACCGCCGUGCACGGUGGAAGACCAAACAGCUUGAAAGAGACUAUGAUCAACUCAAAUCCUCCUAUGAAUCCCUUCUCUCUGACUAUGACUCCAUUCUCAAAGAGAAGGAGAAGCUCAAAGCCGAGCUGGCUUCCCUGAAUGAGAAGUUGGAAGCCAAAGAGGUGGUGAGCCAUAAGGCGGCGGCGGCUGAUCCAGUGGUUCCGGGGAAUGCAACGGCGGCGGGUGUGGGAGCGAACGUGAAGGUGGAGGACCGGCUGAGCAGUGGCAGCGCGGGGAGCGCGGUGGUGGAUCAGGACAGUCCUCAUCAGCUGGUGGAUAGCGGGGACUCGUAUUUUCACAAUCAGGAUCAUCACAACUACCAUGAAUGCGGCGGUGGCGGCGGGGGGCUGCAGGCGGCUCUGCAAUCGGAAGAGGAUGAUGGCAGUGACGAUGGACAGAACAACUACUUCUCCGCCAUGUUUGUGGCGGCAGAGCAGCCCCGGCCACCAUGAUGAUGAUGAUGGAGAGCCACUCGGAUGGUUCUGGUCUUAGACUAUAUAUUUAGUUUUUUGUUUUUGGUUUUAGUUUACUAUGUUCAAUAAUGGUGUUGGAUGUUUCCUCUAUCUAUGUCAUGUGUGCAGUAGUAUCACAAGAAUCUCCCUGGAAGCUCUGAUCUAUUGCAUAUAUAUAUAUA